CGACUGCGCUUCGUCGGCGACCCCAAACUGGGCGACGCCUCCGUCUCGCUGUCGGACGUGAGGCUGACCGACACGGCCACGUACCAGUGUAAAGUCAAGAAGUCCCCCGGCGUGGACUCCAGGAAGGUCACCCUGGUGGUGAUGGUUCCUCCAUCGGUACCAAAGUGUUGGGUCCAAGGUGGAGAGGAGAAGGGCAGCGACGUCGUCCUCCGCUGUGAGUCCGCCCAGGGAUCCAAACCUCUGACCUACACCUGGACCAGAGACACAGGCGGCGCCGUGCCGGCAACCGCAACCCAAGGUACGGGCGGGCGUCAGUGUCUGUGACUGUAGUGCCGCAGUACUGACAGUACUCACUGCUCUGACUGUUCUCCUGCAGAGCCACAGUCCGGGGAACUCU